AGAUCUUCUCGUCCUCUCCUUCCCUCACACAUCUGCCCAAAUGAAAAGUCCCGGGGAGGACGUCCACUGUCCCUGUCUCUGUCCCAGUUUCCAGGACUUCCAGGAUCUUCUCUCCGGCUUUUUUAAGCGAGGAAAGAGCGACGAAGAAACAGACGAUGGAACGUCAAAAAAUGAAGACUCAAACUCGGAGCACAUCGAAAACGCAGAAAUAGCCAUCUAUGACCCUUCAGUACCGCAGACUAACGACAGGAGGGCUCUCUAUAAGGCACUGUGGUCCUUCCAGUCUCGGACUGAAGCCGAGCUCUCUUUCGAAGCGGGAGACUUGUUUAAAGUGGUCGAGCAAUCGGGUGAAUGGUGGGAGGUGGAGAAGCUAGACCCUCAGGGACGGACAGAGGCUUUGGGCUUUGUGCCCUCCAACUACCUGGCGAGAGAACAGACAGUGGAUGAGCAACCCUGGUUUUUCGGAAUACUGAAUCGCUUGGAGACCCAGAAGUUGCUCUUGGCACCAGCUAAUGGGGUCGGCACAUUUCUGGUGCGACGCAGUGAAAAGGACGAGGUGGGCUCCGUGCUCUCAGUUCGUGUGAGUGAAAAAGAAGUGAAACACUAUAAGGUUUGUGAGAAUGAAAAUGGUUUCUAUGUGGACCACAACUGCACUUUCCAUGAGCUGGGGGAACUGGUGGAGCAUUACAAAAUCCAUUCUCUCAGCUCCAGCGUCUUCCUCACCCAACCCUGCACACGGCCAGAGCCAAAGCCACAGGACCUGUCCCACUGUACUAUGGAUGACUGGGAACUGCCCAAGGAGGAGUUCGUCCUGGAGGACCAGCUGGGCAGUGGGUUCUUCGCUGACGUUUACCGCGGCACCUGGAGAGGCAAGGUCAGGGUGGCCAUCAAGAUCCUCAAAAAUAAUGACUCUCUGGACCACAGGGAGUUCCAGCUGGAGACUCAAAUGCUGAAGAAGUUGCGACACAGACACCUCAUCUCACUGUUUGCCAUCUGCACCGCCAAUGUCCCCUAUUACAUCAUCACUGAGUUCAUGGAGAAAGGCAACCUGCUUAGCUUCCUGCAAGGUCAGGAAGGGCGGAGCUUGGACCCACAGGCUCUAACAGAUAUGGCGAGCCAGGUGGCUGAUGGGAUGGCGUAUCUGGAGGAGCACAACAGCAUCCAUAGAGAUCUGGCAGCCCGUAACGUUCUGGUGGGGGAGGAGUACAUCUGCAAAGUGGCUGAUUUUGGACUGGCACGGGUCAUUAAGGAGCCAUUUUAUGUGUCUGAAGACAAGAAGAUCCCAUAUAAGUGGAGUGCUCCUGAGGCCAUCAGCCAUGGACGAUUCUCCAGCAAAUCUGAUGUGUGGUCCUUCGGUAUCCUCCUCUAUGAAAUCUUCACUUACGGUGGAUCUCCUUAUCCAAGCUACAGAAACUAUGAGGUGUACCAGCUGAUCACAUCUGGAUACAGAAUGCCUGCCCCUGACGAAUGCCCGUCUCACAUUUAUGAGAUCAUGACGAAAUGUUGGAGCGGACUGGCUGCAGAAAGGCCAGACUUCAGCGAACUCAGAGUGCUUUUAGAAAAUGCGAGCAAUUACUGGACUAAAUGAUGCAACAACUAUUCAAGUCCACCAGAGGGCAGUGAAACUAUGAACCAGCUUAGAUGAAGGUUAACUAGAGAACUUGUAGAGAGGAGAAUUUACCACUCUGUAAUGUCUUCCAUGUUACUCAAACACUAGGGGGAGCUUCCG